AAAUCAGUUAAAACAUGUUUUAUUUUCGUAGUCCAAAAUAAAUUAAAAACUCAACAAUUUCUUUUUUUUUUCUCUACCCCUUUCCCGACGCAACCGCAAGAACGACCCAAUAGUGUCGUUUCAAAUUCUCAACGAAGUGUUUCAAUUUCAUCAUCUUCUUCUUCGUCGUAAUUCUAAACACUCUCUCUCUUAUUCAAUUUUUGUGUGUGUAUGAGAGCUACAUACAUCACAUGCAUAUCUCACUCUCGUCUUCAAACUUCCACUCCUUUGGUAAUCUAACACGAUUCUUUGAUACCGUUAAGUUUCCGACUAAUCCUUACCGUGAUCGUCACCGUCGCCGCCGUAUUACGGCGGAUUAUACUUUUUUUGAUAUUUUUUCUGGAUAAAUGCGUGUUACAGUGGAUCUAGGGUUUUCUUCUUUGCUCUUCGUUGUUUUAGUUUGUGUGGUUUUUCCUGUGAUUGGAUUUGUCGUGCGUUAUAAGUUGAGGCGGUCGGAGGAGAGGGCGGAGGAGAUUAAGAGGUUGUUGUUUCUCGCGGCGGAGGAGUCUGCUAGGGCGGAGCAUGAGGCGGCAGCUUCGUAUCAUUACGAUGAUGCCAAUUCCAAUUCUAAUUCGUAUCAGUAUGUUGCUGCAAAUUCUUAUCGAAAUGGUGCUGUUUCAGUUUCAGCUUCAUAUCCAUUCGUUGCCGCGAAUUCGAUUCAGAAGGACGCUGUGUUGGUUGCCAAGAGUAGUCAAUGUGUAGUGUGUUUAUCUCCCACCACUACCAGGUGUGCAAGGUGCAAAGCUGUUUAUUAUUGUUCUGGUAAGUGCCAAAUUGCUCAUUGGCGUCAAGGUCACAAAGACGACUGCCAUCCUCCUAGCGAAGCUCACCAGGCUGAUGAUCUGGUAGGCGAGAUUAAUAAGGUAGCCGAGCCAGACUAUAGUGGAGUCAAUGACGAGAAGUAUCGGAUUGAAAGUGAAAAGGUUGCAAAACCCUCUGAGAAACCCCCAUUGUCGGAUAUAAAACGUCCUCCUAAAACCUCAUGUGAAGGGAAUGAUAAGGCAAGAGUUGAUAGUCUUGUAGAGGAGAACAUCAUAGACUCUAAUUCUGAAUUAUCAUGCAACUCGUUUUCUGGUUUCUCUGCUUCCACUGGUGCUAAUGAAUCGUCUGAUGAUUCAUCUGUUUGUGAGAGUAUUAUCUCAAAUGAGCAUGAGAGAUCCGAGGGACAUGACAUCUCUGGCAACACAUCAAAUGGUAAUUGCAUUGGUGCAACAAUCCCAUUGUCACCUAAGUUUGCUCAUUUGGUUGAUUCCGCCAGACCCGGUUUUGGUAAAGAAGAGAGAAAUCUCACAUCAAAUGAUAGUUCUGGUCUGAUGGUGCAGAAAGGGGGAACAACGGAGCCUUCUAAAGUGUCUCCUGGAUUUUGGAAUUGCACUCUUGAUUUAAAAGGGACAAAAGAUGACUCUUUUGGUGACCCUCUUCCAUCUCACUCUAAUGUUGGGAAAAAUAUGCAAAAUGAAGGAUCCCCAUCUUCCGAGAAUGAAGAUCUUGAUUCUUCACAUCGUGCAGAUGCCUCAAGCAUCCAUAACUUGCACACUGUUGGAUCUAAUGUAUCGAAGCAUGUUGUGAUUAACCCUAGAAGUAGCUUGAGAUGUGCUGAAACGAAGUUAGUUUCUAGAGCUGAAGAUGAGCAUUUACAUUACAGUUCAAAAUGUAUGAACAAUGUUACCCAUUCCAAUGCUGCUAAUUCGUCUCAGACUACUAACUGUUCUCCAAAUUCCAAGGAUGGCCUUAAAACAUCUGUUAUGGAAGUCAUUGAUCAGUUUAGAGAAUCGGAUUUGACUAAGCAUUUUCCAAUAGAUGUUGGGAGUGAUGUUGCUAGAAAAUACAGUGACAAGGGUCUUUUUCCAUAUGAUCUGUUUGUCAGGCUUUAUAACUGGAACAAAGUGGAUUUCCAACCAUUUGGUCUUACAAAUUGUGGAAACAGCUGUUUCGCAAAUGCUGUACUCCAGUGCUUGGUACUUACGCCACCCCUGACUGCAUAUUUGCUUCAAGGACUUCAUUCUAAAUCAUGUGUGAAUAAAAAAUGGUGUUUCACUUGUGAGUUUGAAAGUUUGAUUUUGAAAUCAAAAGACACAAAAUCUCCUCUCUCGCCUAUGAGCAUACUCUCUCAACUACAGAAUAUUGGAAGUCAAUUUGGUAAUGGAAGAGAAGAAGAUGCGCAUGAAUUUUUAAGACAUGUGGUUGAAACAAUGCAAUCUGUCUGCGUUAUGGAAUGUGGGGUUGAUGCAUCAGACGCAUUAAAAGAGCAAACUAAUUUAGUUGGUCUUACCUUUGGAGGCUACCUUCGAUCAAAGAUUAAAUGCAUGAAAUGUGGAGGGAAAUCUGAGCGUCAAGAAAGGAUGAUGGAUUUGACUGUUGAGAUAGAAGGGGAGAUAGCAUCCCUGGAGGAGGCACUUCGGCAGUUUACAAGCACUGAGAUUCUGGAUGGUGAAAACAAGUACCACUGUGCCAGAUGUAAAUCUUAUGAGAAGGCCAAGAAGCAAAUGGCAGUUUCAGAGGCACCUAAUGUUCUUACAAUUGCAUUAAAGAGAUUUCGGUCUGGAAAAUAUGGGAAGCUCAAUAAGCCAAUUCGGUUUCCUGAAAUACUUGAUUUGGCACCUUUCAUGAGUGGGUCUAGUGAUUUGGCUAUAUACCGGCUGUACGGAGUUGUCGUACACUUGGAUACCAUGAAUGCUGCAUUUUCAGGUCACUAUGUGUCCUAUGUGAAGAAUUUCCAAAACAGUUGGUUCAAGGUUGAUGACAGUGUGGUGACGCCUGUUGAAUUGCAAACAGUCUUAACAAAAGGCGCAUACAUGCUUUUGUAUGCAAGGUGUUCACCUAGGGCCCCAAGAUUAAUCAGAGACAUGAUAGUGUCCUCGGAUUCAAGAGGCAAAGUUCAUGGAAAAACUGUCGCAACGAAACACAAACAUUCAUCUUCACAUUCUGAUUCUCUUGAAUGCAUAACUAAUUCAGUCUCUCCAUAUGAUCUACUUGCCUUAGAAACUAUCCAUUCGAAGUUUCAUCGCAUGAAAAGUAUCAUGGAAGAAGACUCGUCAAGUGAUAGUUCAUCUCUCCUCAGCAACAACUCUGAUGAAUGUUCUUGCAGCACAGAUAGCACGAGUGAUUCGACAGGUACCGACGAAUUUGCAGAUUAUAUUUUUGGUAACUCGGGACGAGGCGGGGGUGUAACUUCCUCCACAUGUUCAAGGGGGGAGAUGGACAGUCUUUUGUAUAGGAGAAGACCGGUUAGCGAGGGAUGUGUUUCUCAUUUGCAUCAUAAUUUAAGUAUAGAGCAUAGGAAGUUAGAUACAAGUAGGAGUAGUAGUAGUUUUAGGGAGAGUGAUUCUUUUGAGAGAGCAGGAUCCAACCAUUUUAGUUAUAUAAAUUCUGGUGUAUCAUAUAGAAAGGCAAGAGAAAGAACUGAUUGAAAUAUUUGAGUACGAUACAAAGGGUGGGAGCCCCAAAGUAAUAAAUAAUAAUGGGGAGGCUUUACAUUUGGUA